UAACACACUCUUUGCUGCCUUCUGCCACUUUUGUUGAAAGUAAAAGGAGAUAAUUCUCACAGCUUUAAACCUAUUUCACUCAACUGAAUAACAUUCUAUAUUAAAUCAUUCUGGCCAUACCUCCUAGCAAGAUUCUGCUCAAUUGAAGAUGACUAACUUCAGCUAUCUAUCUUUAUGGUUUCUGUUAGAAAUUAGAAAGGUCCUUUGAAAGCUGAACAAACUUUUAUGUAGAGCCUACCAAAAUUAUAAAUGCCUGCUGUAGUUAUGGACAUUGAAGGACCCAGUUGCUCCAGAAAACAAGUAACUGAUGAUGUCAUAGAAAAUGUUCAUAUUUCAUCUCAGAAUCUGCUUUUUGAUGUGAAUCUUGACUCUGCUGAAAAUUCUGAUCUAUUCAAUGAAAUGCCAAGUUUGGACCAGGAGGCAAGUAAAUCAGACUUUGAGUUGCUACCUUCAAUUGGACCUCUGCACCGAAAUCCAAAAGAUAUUGAAAGCCCUUCAGCUUCAAAUGGAUGUUGUGGUUUUUAUAACUUGGGAAACACUUGUUUCAUGAAUGCAGGACUUCAAUGUUUAUUUUGCAAUAUGCAUCUUGUUAAAUAUUUCCAUGAGCAAUUUGUGUUUGAUGAUCUAACCAAAGAUACACUCACUGGUAAAUUUUGUCAGUUAGUUAGGAAAGUAUGGAGUGGACAUUUUUCACUUAUCCAUCCUUUGGACUUCAAAAAUACACUUGGAAUGUAUUAUCCUCAAUUCCAAGAUUUCAGACAGCACGACUGCCAAGAAUUUGUUACAUUGCUUUUAGAUAAUCUCCAUGAAUCACUAAAUAAUGUAUGCUGUAACAACAGGAAUAUUUUUCAAAAUCCACUGCCUACCUCUGAUUUUAUUAAAACACAAGGCUAUCCACUUGUUGAUGAUGCCGUUACAUCAAGUGUAGUAGCCCUCUCAUCUUUUUCUUCAACAGUGUCUUCAUCAUGUCAAAGUACUGCUGAAGGAACUAAAGUAUUGUCAUCAGGAUUACAGCUUCAAAACCAAAACAACAGCCAUGUAUCAAGUUCUCAGAUAGAUAUACAUCGAACAACUGAGUGCAAUUCAUUAUCAAAAAACCCAACAAAACUGUCCAUGGGUAACACUAUCAUUUAUCAAAACUGUAAUAGCAGCCUGAAGAAACCAUUUCAUUUCACUGAAAACCAGUUGUACACUGAAAGUAACAAUACUAACUCAGCUUCACUAACCAUCAACCACAGUAAUACUAGUCACGAACAAGAACUAGUAGCUAGUAGUUGCAGUACUGAGGUAACCUCUGUUUGUAGUGAGCUCGGUACUGACAAAGGUAAAGCGCAAAUCUCUCCAUUACGCAACUUUGAAAGGUCUCCUAACAAAGACACUAAUAAAAUGCUUACAGUUGAAAGUCGUGUUAGCUCCUCAACACAGCCAUUGUGUUGUGCUGCCAAUAGUAGCAGUGAAGAAGCAACUGUCAUCAACAGAAGGGCAAUCAAUUUUGCAAGUAACAACCAAUCUUUAAUACAACCUUGCUCUCAACCAACUGCUGUGCAAUUUAAUGAUCAAUCUUUUGUCGACAGCACUCAUGUUAAUGGUAGUGGAGAGUCAACCACAACACUAGCCCUUGGUCUCAAAUGUCUACCAAGUCUGGAGGAUUUCUAUGCCAAAGAAACAAAAACUCUCAAUACUAAUAUGCUAGCUUCAGAAUCUGAGGAACAAAUCAAGACUGAUUCAGAAAAGUUUAUAAAAUCUGAUAAUCGAAUUCGGAGAAAUCCUGAAAAUUGUGAUAACAAUAUAGAACAAAUCAUUGGAGCUGAGGCUGCUAAAGCUGAGCUUGCCCCUGGCAUAGAAAAGCUAAAAGACAUUAAUAUUAGACUUGAUAAGAAAACAAGGUGUCACCAAAACUACCCUUGCACAUCAGGACUUCCCUAUGAAGAUUGGUCUAAUAUUAACAAUAUAAAAAGAAUCAAAAUAGAGUCAGAUGUUGAUGAGAAAAACAUGAAGAGGCAAGCUCUUCAAAAGUUUAACUUGGAACAAAGCACAUUGAGAAGUGACGAAGUAAUGACUACACCAAGCUGCUCUGUGACUUUAGAGGAUGAUGAUGAAGAGGAAGAGGAAGAGGAGCGAGAUGAGGAUGAUGAAGAAGAAGAAGCAAUGAGUGGAGGAGACGAGUCAGUCAUAGAAAGACAGGAUUCUGAGUGGCUGGAAGAAAAGCAGGCUAGUAAACAUCAAAGUUCUAAUGAAAUCAACAGAAAUUUACCACUAGCAGAACAUUGCAGGCUGAAAGAAGGCCUCACUGCUGCUGAUAUAGAUGCUGCUAAUGUUUCUUGGGAAAGCCAUUUAGUCAAGAAUAACAGUAUUGUGGUCAGUACAUUCCAUGGACAAUUCAAAAAUACUGUGAUCUGCUCUGAGUGUUGCCAUGUAUCUGUAACUUAUGAGCCUUUUAUGUAUUUGUCAGUACCAAUACCUCAUGCUAUGGAACGCCAACUCUGUGUUAUAUUUAUUACACAAACCCGUACUAUUCCGCCCAUACGGUAUCUCUUAAAACUGCACAAAAAUGACAACAUUUAUAAAGCCAAAACUGAACUGCGAAAGAUGGCAGGCCAGCAAAACUGUGAUAUCAUCAUGGUUGAAGUAGUUAACAAUUACAUUUCACGAGUCCUUGAUGACAAUAUAUUGCUCCGGUUUGUCAAUGAUUCUGCUCGAAAAAUUUAUGCCUUUCAAAUGGCUGUUCCUCCAAAUUCACUGGACAGUUCCCCAUCAGACAAUUUAGGAAAGCUGCCAACAGCUAACUCCAGUUUAGCUACUAAAGAAAGCAUUGCCACCAAACAAACUAGUUCUUCAAAAUCUCCUGACAUUUUUUCAAAUAUGGAUACUUUCUGCCCCAGUAACUGUUCACCACAGAAGACAACAUCAAUGAGCACAACAGAAUCUGAUGUAACUCCACAGUCAAAUGAUAGUAGUAACCUUCCACUAUUAUCACGGCCAUCUUUGGAUCCUGUAUUAACUCCUCAGAGCCAGUCUACAUUAACAACAAACAUGUCUACCUCUGCAUUCCCUGAUUCAAUCGUGACAGAUGAUGCUUGUGUUUGUGAUUCUUCAUCAGUUACAACUCAGUCCAAAACUAAUGAUCCUGAUCCAGACUCUAUGCAGACUGACCAAAUAUGGGAUUGGUCUUUGACAACAGAUAAUUCCAAAAGGCCAGCCAUUCCAAUGAGUUGGGAGUCUGCACCCUCUGCUAAUUUAUCAUCCAUUGCUGAACACUGGCGAUCUUGUGCCAUCUGUUUGGAGGAAUUACUUGAUACAAGUUUGAUGGUGCACACAUCUUGCAGUGGCACUUUUUGUCAUAGUUGUCUUGAAAUGUCACUGAAACACCAUAGUGUUUUCUCUUAUACUUGCCCUGUGUGUCUUGCUUUCGUAAAUCCUUCUGUGGAAUUUGUCCCAUUGGCUGAUCCAGACAGCAAAAGGUUAAGAACAAGAAUCUUAGCUGUGCCACUGACUUUCCGAUGUCUAAGUAAAUCAAAUCCUGAACAACAGCAAUUGAUUGGUCAUCCCCACAUUUUAUACCUUCCUAACAACAUUAGUGGUGGCACUUUGUAUAAUUGUGUUAACCAAAUUGUCCAUACAGCCCUGCAAUACACAAUCGCUUUUACCAUGGAAGAGGGUCUACAGUGUUCUCGGUGUCCAUCAGUAAACCAAUGUGUUGGUUGUGUUGUCCAGCGCACUGGUCAAGUUACUCUCCAGCCUGGUGAUCAUCUUACCAUUACUUUUGUUACUGUUCCUGCUGAACAGGGUCAGCUCUUGGAGCAGUGUGUAAUUGAUCAUGAAUCUAUGGAAAACCUACGUCCAAAUACUCCAAUGUCUCUUCAUGAUUGUUUCACAGCAUUUAUGCAAAGUGAAACACUAGAUGAGCACAAUCCUUGGUAUUGUCCAAACUGCUCCAAGAACUGCCGUGCUAAGAAAACAAUGACUGUCUGGCGAUAUCCUGAUAAUCUUAUUAUAUAUCUAAAACGGUUUGUAUUUCAUGAACUUACAAGUACCAAAAUUGACAAUUUAGUGACAUUCCCUCUUGAAGACUUAGACCUUAGUCAGUUCACUUCUGGUCCUCACACCAAGAACUUGCUUUAUGACCUACACAGUUUUGUGUGCCAUUUUGGAGGGUCUAAUUCUGGUCACUACACCUGUUACAGUAAACACCCUAUUGAAAACAACUGGUACUACUAUAAUGAUGAGAAUGUGAGCCAGCACAUGCCGAGAGAUGACCAUUUGAGUAGCGCUUAUGUUUUGUUCUAUGUACGACAAGAUACUAACAUUUCCUUCAAGAUUCCUGAUAAGUCCAGUUACCAUUUUAUUGAUUCCGUAUCACACAGUUCUUCAUCACUCACAGAAACAACUCAAAAUAUUGAAAAAAAGGAAUCAAGAACUCAGUCAAUGGCAUUAGUACUUUACCAACCACAACCUAUGCGAGCUGACAGUGCAUUAUAUGAGCUUCCAAAAGAGGUUCCUAAAGAAAAAGACACUAGUUUGUCACCAACACAUAUAGAAAAAACACCCACCGAACAAACAGAACCUGAUAGCACCUAUGAUUUCUAUUCCUAAACUCACUUAUGUUCUUUAAGUUUUGAUUAACAAUGCUCCUGUGUCAAUCAUGAGAGAAGGCAUUAAAACAAGACGAUCUUCCCCAACAGUCAUCAACAAGCUACCAUUGUAUACCAAAAAGUAUUUUCAGGAUUUAAUGUGAUGAAAACCAUGUGUACCAUUUGGAAAAUUGAUCAGAAAAAAUUUGUACUGACAUCUCCAGAAAACUUACAAACAAAUAUUUUCAGUUAUCAGUAUUACCUAAAUUCAACUCAGUUUUGCAUUAUCAUGCUGAUAUCUCUGACAUUGCCUAGUGAUAGGAAUAUGAUUUUGCUCACCUGCUGUAAUUAGUGGAAUUUUUUAAAAAAUACUUUGAUACUAAAAUAACAAUAUAUCUAUCAUUAUUUAUUUAGUCUUUAUAUAUUGGUACAUCUAAGGUGAAUAUUUCAUUAAGUGUGACUAUAAAAAUCUUUUAACACUUUCCUAUACUUUGAACUGCCUGUGCAUCAGGUACUGCAUCUUACUACUUUCUACUUAAUUCCCAAUAUUUUCAGCUUUAAUGUCCAUUUUUUUAAAACUCUUAAUAAAAAUAAUUCAACAUA